CCGGACGUGUGGCGCUGCGGAGCUGGGAGCCGACCCUGAGCUCAUCCCGCCUGCGGAGAGCCGACCUCUGGGGGCUCCAGAACCGGAGGCGGAGGAGUUGAAGUCAGGGCCGAGUGGGCGGAAGAGAGCCUGGGCUGAGAUGAGGCCCAGGAGCGGGAAUUGAGAGAAGGAGCUGGCACCCGAGGGAGCGCGUUGGAGUGGUCACGCUUGGGAUCGGACACAUCUUCAAAAUACAUGGCCACUUAUCACCCAUCAGGACACAUGCAGCUACCCCGGGCUGAUGCCAUUCGUUCCCGGCUCAUUGAUACUUUCUCUCUCAUCGAGCACCUGCAAGGCUUGAGCCAAGCUGUGCCACGGCACACAAUCCGAGAGAUACUUGAUUCUUCCCAUCUGAAGAAUCUUAUGUUGGGAGAUCAACACCAGCUUGUGCGCUUCUCCAUAAAACCUCGUCAUGUAGAACGGAUUACACAUGCCCAGAGGCUAAUGAGCACCCUUCGAGUGCGAUGCAGCAUGAGGCCACCUCUUUCCUUAUGGGCUGGAUGGGUCCUUGAGCGUCCUAUCUUCAGAAACUUUAUCAUCUUCCUCAUCUUUUUGAAUACAAUUGUGCUGAUGGUUGAAAUAGAAUUGCUCGAAUCUGCAAAUACCCGAUUAGAGACACUGAAGCUGACUCUGGAGGUGGCAGCUUGGUUCAUCUUGCUUGUUUUCAUCUUGGAGAUCCUUCUUAUGUGGCUAUCCAGCUUUUUCCUCUUCUGGAAGAAUGCCUGGAACGUCUUUGACUUUGUGGUCACAGUAUUGUCCCUGAUACCUGAGAUUGUGGUGCUGGCAGGGGUAACAAGCCAGCCUGUAUGGCUCCAGCUGCUGAGGAUCUGCCGGCUGCUAAGGUCUCUUAAACUCUUUGCGCGAUUCCAUCAAGUUCGAGUCAUCAUUUUGGCCCUGGUCAGGGCCCUCAAGAGCAUGACCUUCCUCCUGAUGUUGCUGCUCAUCUUCUUCUACAUUUUUGCCGUGGCUGGUGUCUACUUCUUCGAGAAUUACACCCGUUCACCUCGCCAGGACCUGGAGUACCAUGAGUGCUUCUCGGACCUACUGAAUUCCAUAGUAACCGUGUUCAUUCUCUUCACCCUGGAUCACUGGUAUGCACUGCUUCAGGACACCUGGAAGGUGCCUGAGGUCAGUCGCGCCUUCAGCAGCAUCUAUGUCAUCCUCUGGUUGUUACUUGGUUCCAUUAUCUUUCGAAAUAUCAUAGUAGCCAUGAUGGUUACUAACUUCCAGAAUAUCAGGCAUGAGCUGAACGAGGAGAUGACGCACCUGGAGGUCCAGUACAAAGCCGACAUAUUCAAGCGGCAGAUCAUCCAGAGGAGACAAAACCUAAUCCCUGAGGCACAGAGGUCAAGCAUUAGCAAACUGGAUGCCAGAGGUGCCAGUCAACAAAGGAGAGCUUCAGACUUAACAGAAGCUUCUAAACAAGAGUCUAAACAGAGUGCCACUAGAAAGGGUGCAGAAGCAUCUAAGUCAACAACAAAGUCCUUGUCCAAAAGGGGAAAGUCUACAUCUUCCUUCUCUUCCUCCUCUUCAUCUUCCUCCUGCUCGUCUAUUUCUAGCUCCAGAUAUUAUGACCCUAUCGGUCAGCUGGACUGGGAGACUCACGUGCACCAGAAUCUGCCUGGGCUAAUGGACAUGGAUCAGGAUGAACGUGUUGUCUGGCCUAGAGAUUCACUCUUCCGGUAUUUUGAGUUGCUAGAAGAGCUUCAGUAUAACCUGGAAGAGCGUAAGCGGUUACAAGAGUUUGCAGUGCAGGCACUGAUGAACUUUGAAGACAAGUAAAGCUGACAGUGGAUGGCUUCACUAUUUCUGGCCAACAUAAAUGAAGGAAAUAGUUGGAAAUGUAGAAUUCAAAGUCUAAUAAAUCCUGUUGAUAA